CCCCUGAGUGGCGGAGUCCUGGCCGGCCUUGAAAGCCCCCCCCCCCGGAGCCAUCGCCCCACCCCAUUCUCAUCUUAAUGCCCUUCACCUUUGGGGGGGACGUUUCAACCUUGGAGAGAGGAGGUCUUGCCCUUAACCCCUCAUCCCCUACCCCCAAGAGGUGAGACUCUUAUAGAAACCUUGGAAGGAAACACGAUGCCAGGCCUAUUCAUGCUUGGAGAUCCUACAGAAAAGGCCACAAGAGGGACAACGCCAGACAACUCCGCCUCCGUACCAGCUGUCUCUUCUUCCCCAGCAACUCCAGGUCUUAGGUGGAUUUUCUGGACCAGUGGCCUUUCUGGACAAACUUCUGGACCCCAUGGACUCCAUGGCCAGGACGCUGCCUGCUUCCAUUGAAGACUUCUUUCAGCCCACCAGCUCUCUGGAACAUUCUGGAGUCAAACCUCUCCUAGACUGCCUGCAAAUGCCACUUGGCUUCUGGAUGGAAAUGUGUCCUGCUGGACACUGGCAGGAACCCUCAGAGCCAUGUGGAUGCAGCCCCUUGGACCCUCUGCCCAGUCGUGAUGACACCUGACAGAGGACACCAUGAUGUACUUGGCCAUCUAGAGAUGUACAACCAGACAUCUGCAGGUCUCCAUUCUGGACCAGGGUUGGGGAGCCAGAGUGGAUCUGAUCUAGAUCAACAUUAGUGGUUUGGGUGUAGCACCUACCCCUGGAACCUUGAAUGGUGCUUCCAAGGGGCACCUAUUGCCAGGGCCAAGCCUACAAUGCGCAAAGGGGUAAACCGAGGCUGUCUUCAAAGAGACAUCAUUUGCCAAGGCCACAAGGCAAGGCAGUAUAUUUGUUGCUGAGAUUAGAACCCAGAACACUGGCUCCUGACUCCAGAGGCCAGCCUUUGAUUGACACACAAGGUCACUGCUCUAUGUGAGCCAAAGAUAUGUUUCAGGAUCUACUGUCUCCAACUGUGCCUGUGGCUCUUGGGUUACUUCAUCCUACACCCGCCUUCACUCACCCAAGAGAGAUGACCUCAAAGGAGCGCCCUCUUCCACUGGGCCUCUGAGAGUCUCUGAAAGUGGGUGUUUGGGCUAGACUGUGGGGUCCAUCUAUGGCUGCCUGAGGGACCGGGCAGAGAGGAUCUUUUUCCUUCCACAAGACUGAAGUUAAGGAAGCAGAGACAGUAGCUACUUCAGGCGCAGGCUGGGCAGACCACCCUCAGGAUAAGCAGGGGUCUGUUUUGUGCAUUUUGGACCACAUCGGACUCCUCCAAUGUUUCCCCCACAGAUGGCCAAGGUUAACUGAUAAAGGAAUGAAGAAUCACUGCAGAUCACAAGGUGAUGUUUGUCUUCCUGUGCUGCUCGGGAUAUAAGGUCAAGGCCGAAUUCAACUGGUCUCUUCCCCCCAGGACCACCAUUCCACUCUAUCCUAGAGAUUUAGACCCUCAGGCCAGGGCUUGGUGGGGAGGAGGGGAUUAUUUAUUUGAAAGUGCUAAGGGCUUUCAGAUUGAAUAGACCCUAGAAAAGACCCCCAGAUGUGACCUAACCCCUUCCCCAAAGCCAAGGAAAGUUUCUCACGUGACUUUGACCUUUGCCUGGCAAAUAGGGGCAAAUUCGCAGAAGACCCUUCCCCUCCCUAUCCUUUGCCUCCUUAGAAAACUCAGUGUUGGUAUCAGCCCGUCCUUGUCCUUCUACAAACUCUCUUGCCAAGGUCUUCAGACCACCCUAACCCGUGCACUAUCCCUCCUCCCAAUAGAAUACAAUAGGAAUUCUGGGUCCCUGCACUCCCUGCCUGGCUCUGCACAGAUCUCGCCAGCCGGCCCCCUCCGCAGCCUUCUUCUCCCCCCUCUCCUCCGCCCCCUCCCUCUCCUGUUCUACGUCACAAGAUGACGUAGGAAGCCAGGGAGGGAGGAGGAGCGCCCCCCCUCCCCAGCCAGUGGCUCCCGCUGCAGCUUGCUUUAGCCCAGCCUCCCGCCUCCCGCUCCCCCCCCCCGUCUCUAAAACGAGCCCCCCACGCCUGCCAGGAGCUAUAUAAGGCGGAUCGAGGCAGGCGAGGGGGGCAGCGCUACCGAGCGGAGCCCAGGAGUGGAGCCGGGAGCGAGCGAGAGCCUGAGCGAAAGCAAGGAAGAAGCCUCCGGUGCAUCGGGACAGGAUCGCAGGUGUUCGGGAGCCGGAGCUGGAGCUCCACAGCCGGCAGUCAUGUACCGAUCCACCAAGGGCGCCUCCAAGGCGCGCCGGGACCAGAUCAACGCCGAGAUCCGGAACCUCAAGGAACUGCUGCCGUUGGCUGAAGCGGACAAGGUCCGGCUGUCCUACCUGCACAUUAUGAGUCUUGCCUGCAUCUACACUCGCAAGGGUGUCUUCUUUGCUGGAGGCACUCCUCUGGCUGGCCCCACGGGGCUUCUCUCAGCUCAAGAGCUUGAAGACAUCGUGGCAGCACUACCUGGAUUUCUGCUUGUGUUCACAGCUGAGGGGAAAUUGCUAUACCUGUCUGAAAGUGUGAGCGAGCAUCUGGGCCAUUCUAUGGUGGACCUGGUUGCCCAGGGUGACAGUAUCUACGACAUCAUUGACCCUGCUGACCAUCUCACUGUUCGCCAGCAGCUCACCAUGCCCUCUGCUCUGGAUGCUGAUCGUCUUUUCCGUUGCCGAUUCAACACCUCCAAGUCCCUCCGGCGCCAGAGUGCAGGCAACAAACUGGUGCUUAUUCGAGGCCGAUUCCACGCUCAUCUACCUGGAGCCUACUGGGCAGGAAACCCCGUGUUCACAGCUUUCUGUGCCCCACUGGAGCCACGACCCCGCCCUGGCCCUGGCCCUGGCCCUGGCCCUGGUCCUGCUUCACUCUUCCUGGCCAUGUUCCAGAGCCGGCAUGCUAAGGACCUAGCCCUACUGGACAUCUCUGAAAGUGUCCUAAUCUACCUGGGCUUUGAGCGCAGCGAACUGCUCUGUAAGUCAUGGUAUGGACUGCUACACCCUGAGGACCUGGCCCACGCUUCUUCUCAACACUACCGCCUGUUGGCUGAAAAUGGAGAUAUCCAGGCAGAAAUGGUAGUGAGACUUCAAGCCAAGCACGGAGGCUGGGCAUGGAUUUAUUGCAUGCUGUACUCAGAAGGUCCAGAAGGCCCUAUUACUGCCAAUAACUACCCUAUCAGUGACACGGAAGCCUGGAGCCUCCGCCAGCAGCUAAACUCUGAAGAUACCCAGGCUGCAUAUGUCCUGGGAACCCCAGCUGUCCUACCCUCAUUCCCUGAGAAUGUCUUCUCCCAGGAGCAGUGUUCUAACCCACUCUUUAUGCCAGCUCUGGGACGCUCCAGAAGCACUACCUUCCCCAGGGCGCCUGAGCUAGGUGUGAUCUCAACAGCAGAAGAGCUUCCCCAACCCUCCAAAGAGCUGGACUUCAGUUACCUGCCAUUCCCUCCGAGGCCUGAGCCUUCUCUCCAAGCAGAGCUAAGCAAAGAUUUGGUGUGUACUCCACCUUACACGCCCCAUCAGCCAGGGGGCUGUGCUUUCCUCUUCAGUCUCCACGAACCAUUCCAGACUCACCUGCCCACUCCAUCCAGCUCUCUUCAAGAACAGCUGACGCCAAGCACCGUGACUUUCUCUGACCAGUUGACACCCAGCAGUGCAACCUUCCCAGACCCACUGACCAGUUCACUACAAGGACAGUUGAGUGAAACCUCAGCCAGAAGCUAUGAAGACCAAUUGGCUCCAUGCACUUCUACCUUCCCAGACCAGCUACUUCCCAGCACUGCCACAUUCCCAGAACCUCUGGGGAGUCCCACCCAUGAGCAGCUGACUCCUCCCAGCACCGCGUUCCAAGCACACCUGAACAGUCCCAGCCAAACCUUCCCAGAGCAACUGAGCCCCAACCCUACCAAGACUUACUUCACCCAGGAGGGAUGCAGUUUUCUCUAUGAGAAGUUGCCCCCAAGUCCUAGCAGCCCUGGUAAUGGGGACUGCACACUCCUGGCCCUAGCUCAGCUCCGGGGUCCCCUCUCUGUGGAUGUUCCCCUGGUGCCUGAAGGCCUGCUCACACCCGAGGCCUCUCCAGUCAAGCAAAGUUUCUUUCAGUACUCUGAGAAAGAGCAAAAUGAGAUAGAUCGCCUCAUCCAGCAGAUCAGCCAGUUGGCUCAGGGCAUGGACAGACCCUUUUCAGCUGAGGCUGGCACCGGGGGGCUGGAGUCACUCGGAGGGCUGGAGCCCCUGAACCCCAACUUGUCCCUGUCAGGGGCUGGACCCCCUGUGCUUAGCCUGGAUCUGAAGCCCUGGAAAUGCCAGGAGCUGGACUUCCUGGUUGACCCUGACAAUUUAUUCCUGGAAGAGACGCCAGUGGAAGACAUCUUCAUGGAUCUCUCUACUCCAGACCCCAAUGGGGAAUGGGGCUCAGGGGAUCCUGAGACAGAGGUCCCAGGAGGGGCCCUGUCACCUUGCAACAACCUGUCCCCAGAAGAUCACAGCUUCCUGGAGGACUUGGCCACCUAUGAAACCGCCUUUGAGACAAGUGUCUCAACAUUCCCCUACGAAGGGUUUGCUGAUGAGUUGCAUCAACUCCAGAGCCAAGUUCAAGACAGCUUCCAUGAAGAUGGAAGUGGAGGGGAACCAACGUUUUGAAUAAGUCUGUGACUUAACGUCGUCAAGUAUGGCAUAUUGUCAUCAAGACGUGGAGCCGCUCUCCACCCCCCCCGGGACUGUUGGGGGGAUUCUGGGGGCCAAAGGGGGAUAUAUCUGAUUCUCCAGGCCCUGAAGGACUUAGGGGGGAGGGGGGAGGGCAAGGGAGGGAGCAACUUUUUAAAAUCAAGGGACUUCGAGCAAUCCCAGUUUCCAUUUCAGUCUGUAUUCACUCGUAGUGAGCUUCCUUGAAUGGAUUUCAAGCGGAGAAUGGGGGAGUCUCACUUCCCCACCGCGCUGUCCCAUGGGUCUGGGCCAGUUCUCCACUCCUAGAGGCCAAGCCACCUCUGGAUUUUGGUGGGGGAAAGGCAUGGCCCACCAGGGGCUAGCCUGUGCCCUGAGGGGCUCUUGACACCCACGUAGAAUUCUCUACAAAGCAGUAACGGGAUUUCAAUUCCGACGGACUCUGCCGCCCUGGCGGCCCUUCCUGUGACUUUUGCGCCCCGCGCCUUGGGUGGGGGGCGCGAAGAGACGCUACAUUCCUUUCCGAUGGAGGAAGGCAGAUCUGCCGUCACACGUGUGCUUGCACGAGUGCGUGUACCUGGUGCAGGACUCACCCGGCCGCCAGACUGCCUGGGCUUGCCCAGGUGGCCACCUCGUGGUGCUGCGGUGACUUUGUAGCCAACUUUAUAAUAAAGUCCAGUUUGCC